AUGGCUUCCAAAGAAUAUGGACAGACUUCUAUAGCAAAGUCUCCUCAUAAGGCUUCACAAUCUCAUGCAACUGGACCUUCAACUGAGACAUACUCAUCAUCACCUAAAAUUGAAAUGGUUGCAUCCAAAUAUACCGCACUUCUUAACACUCAGGAACAACCCAAAGAAUUUGGUGUUAUAGUUGAAUAUUUGAAAAAGUGCCCAUUGGCAUAUGCACUCAUUUCUACUUCUCUAACUCCACAAUCUCUUAUCUCAGAAGUCUUUUCAUCAGCAGUCAUCUCCACAAGUGCAAGUUUAGGUCUAAGCGAUAUUUCUCAUCAACCUCAGACAUUUAUCACACCAUCUUCUGCUCAAUUGUUGACAAUGUUCAAGGAAAUGGGGUACAAAUUUGAAGGCAAAAAAGAACCAUGCCUUUCAAGAAUUCGGAAAUCUUGUCUUCCCACACCAUGGCACUUUCUCAGUUCCGUCCUCACUCGAUGUCUCUUUGGAUCAGUUGGUGGACGCAGUCGCGGUAAAAAAGACCUUUGGAUUCUCAUGUAUGGGCUCUUCUAUGACAUCAAUGUUGACUACGCGUCUAUUCUUUGGGAAGAUUUCCUCAAUUUUCUCCCUGCCUCAAAGAAUAAUUUUUUUUUCAUCAUCCUCGCUGGUAGUCUAUCAUUAUUCAUAAUGCCAUCCAUAAUAUCAUCCUUCCAGAUUCUAUACUUACAAAGCUGGACGAAAAAGAAGAGGAAGCAUUCUGAUCAUGCAUCCAAGAAGUCGGCAAAGAAGAAAAAGAAAUCAAAAUCAAAUCAACCGCCUCCUAUCUCAUCUGUAGCCAUCUCUGAUGAUAAUCUUGGACCACAUUUAGAGGAACCCACAUCUCUUCCUAAAUCUGUUUCACCAUCACGCCUUCAGCCUGUUCUAGAAAGUCCAAGCUAUCGUGUCCCCUUGGAUUAUGACUCACUUGAGGACGAUGACCAAGAUGAUGAUAAGCAAUCUUAA